UGGCAGCUGUGACUUUGUGCGGGUAUGAGUGUGUCAGAUAUAUGUACAAGGCCACAUUAUUUGAGGCAUGCUUCUUUUCAGUGUUGAGGGCCAGACUAAAGACUAAGUUUUUUUGGCACACUGUUGCCUCCCAGUGAUAAAUAAUCAAAGCCAGGAUAUUCUUAAAGUCCUCACUGCCAGUAUUGCAGCUGUGCAGAAGGGUAGCAUUGGUCAAUAUCCUGCCUGUCCUUAAGCCUAGGGUGUAUAACAUGUUACUGGUUUGAGAGAGAGAGGGAAUUGUGCUGGCUAGAAUGAAGGGAGGAUUAAAAAUAGUGUUCAGUGUGUCAGCAGAAACUAGCUGGGUGAAGUACUGAAGACUAGCCUUCUUUUGGUGAGAGAGUGACCUGUACAUUCUGUUUCUUCCUGCUGCAUGUCUGGGAUAAAUGUAUGUUUUGUAUAUGUUACUGUAGUGUCCUAGCAGUCUGUAAAUUUGAGACACAAACUCAAGACACAAGGAAAUCACUGUAUUCACCAUAGAAGAUAGUUGUCAUUUUGUUACCAGUCAUCAGCUUGUGUGAUUUUUGUAGCCCAACAUGUUAUGCUGUAUGUCUGUGCUGACAUUUGCACAAUGUUUGUUUCGGCGAAAGAUUGUGAAAAUGGACAGUCUGGAGGAUUCCAAGCUGUGCCGCUGCCUGUCCACUGUCGACCUGAUCGCCCUGGGUGUGGGGAGCACCCUGGGGGCGGGGGUGUACGUGUUGGCUGGAGAAGUGGCCAAGGGAAACUCAGGGCCCAGCAUCAUCGUCUCCUUCCUGAUCGCUGCACUGGCCUCGGUCAUGGCAGGACUCUGUUAUGCAGAGUUUGGUGCCCGCGUGCCAAAAACAGGCUCUGCAUACCUCUACAGUUAUGUAACUGUUGGGGAGCUGUGGGCUUUUAUCACCGGGUGGAACUUAAUCCUGUCAUAUGUGAUAGGUACUUCAAGUGUAGCAAGAGCUUGGAGUGGAACUUUUGAUGAACUCCUGGGUAAACAAAUUGGUCGGUUCUUUAGCACCUACUUCCGAAUGAGCUCUCCUGGGCUAGCCGAAUAUCCAGAUUUCUUUGCAGUGUGUCUGAUACUGAUAAUAUCAGGUCUGCUGUCUUUUGGUGUAAAGGAGUCUGCUUGGGUCAACAAAGUGUUCACGGCUGUCAACGUGCUAGUUCUUAUGUUUGUCAUUAUUGCUGGCUUUGUGAAAGGAGAUACAGAGAACUGGACAAUAACAGAAGAUGUUCUCAUCAAUUUUACUGCAGUGACAAGAAACGUGUCGUUGGCAGAUAAUGUCACGAGUGCAUAUGGUGUUGGUGGUUUCAUGCCCUUUGGUUUUGAAGGAACGCUGGCUGGAGCUGCUACCUGCUUUUACGCCUUUGUUGGUUUUGACUGCAUCGCAACAACAGGUGAAGAAGUGAAGAACCCUCAAAAAGCGAUUCCUAUUGGGAUUGUCACCUCCCUGCUAGUCUGCUUCCUGGCCUACUUUGGGGUCUCUGCAGCACUGACCCUUAUGAUGCCGUACUACCUCCUGGACGAGAAGAGCCCUCUCCCUGUUGCUUUCGAGUAUGUUGGCUGGGGUCCUGCAAAGUUUGUGGUGGCAGUGGGAUCCCUCUGUGCUUUGUCAACCAGCCUGUUGGGUUCCAUGUUCCCCUUGCCCCGCAUUCUCUUUGCCAUGGCACGAGAUGGCUUACUAUUCCGAUUUCUUUCCAAAGUGAGUAAACGUCAGACGCCAGUUGCUGCCACACUGGCAGCAGGUUCCACUGCUGCGGUGAUGGCAUUUCUGUUUGACCUGAAAGCCCUUGUUGACAUGAUGUCUAUUGGAACCCUUUUGGCUUAUUCCCUGGUAGCAGCCUGUGUGCUUAUCCUCAGGUAUCAGCCUGAUGGAUCUUAUGAAAAGCCUAACUGCAGUCCCGAGAAAGAGAAUCUCACUUCAGAAGACGGCGAAAUGGAAUUGACCGAGUCAGAAUCCCAACUGGCCAUGCUUAAAGAAGGCGGAUUUACCCUGCAGACAGUGCUCAACCCCUCCAUGCUGCCGACAGAGCAGUCCUCCACUGUGGUGAACAUCGCUGUCUGUGUCAUAACUUUGGUAGUGUGUAUUGUGAGCACCCUCACCACGUAUAAGGGGGAGGCUGUGCUCGCCAUGGAGUCUUGGAUCCUCGGCCUGCUUGCUGUGUGCCUGGUGGUGUUUAUUGUGUGUCUCUUCAUUGUCUGGAGGCAACCUCAGACUCGCAAAAAAGUGUCUUUCAUGGUUCCUAUGCUGCCAUUUUUACCAGUUCUGAGUGUCUUUGUCAAUGUUUACCUGAUGGUUCAACUAAGUGGGGAGACCUGGAUUCGCUUUGCAGUUUGGAUGGCUGUUGGCUUCCUGAUUUACUUUGGCUAUGGUAUCAGGCACAGUUUGGAAGGUCAACGGGAUGAAGACAAAGAUUCAGUGCACAGCGAACUGGAAAACAAGAACUCGGCUGAGGGAGUAGAGGACGAUGACAGUGCAGAUGAGAACAACCAGUUCAUUAUCCAUGAAAAAACAAGUGAAUGUUAAGCCUGAGCAGCCCUGAGAAGGUAUCUUCUGUUACUAGCAGUACACCUGGGCACAUGACCUUUCAGUGUUCAUCUGCUUUUAGUAGACUUUUUUUUUUUUUUUUAACCUAUAUUUACAUACGUUCUGUAUAUUUUUAUAGUUUGUCCAUGCGUGCCUGAAUCGGGCAGCAACGUUUCAUGCCAGAGUACUGAAAUUCAGUGGAUCAGGGUAGACCCAGGACAGUACGUGCCUUCAGAAAAAGAAGCAGCAAAGAAUAAACUGAGCACCUGCAGUGGAAAAAACAGGUCACCCCAGAUCAAUUUCUACUGUAGAAAUGCAUACGAAAGACUAAAAGCAAGAAAUUGUGGUUAAUAAAAAGUGCACAAGAAGGUUCAUUGGAUCUUUACCAAUACAGUGUUGGCAGUAGAAUGGGUUUUUUUUGUUGAAAGGUAAAAUCAAAGCUGGAAUAAUUGGAAAACUGAACUUUUAUAUUAAUGGUUAUAAACAAUUGUCAAUAUUUUUAAUCAUUUAAAAACCGAAGAAAUAGUUGUUUGUAAUAAAAAAAAAUACAGUAGCAUUAACAGAAAACAUACAUCUUGUUUGCAAAAGUUUGUAAUUUGUAACAAGUAAAACCCCCAAAACAUGUGGCUGUAACUGAAAGUCUUGCAUACAUUCACAAGUGUGUACAUGUAGUACUGCAUGCACACUGAAACUUUUUCUGGAAAUGUGUUUAUGCUAACAAAUCAUAGAAAGAAAAACAUUAUCUAUAAUUAAUUUGGUUUAUUUAUAAUAAUAUAUUUGAAUGGUCAUGUCAUUCAUUUGAGAUUUGCACAAAAACACACAAACAGGUCAUAAUUUUCUGAAUGGAUAUUCAAAUAAAAUGAUUUGUUCCACAAAGAUAGUUUAUCAAGCAAAACAGCAGUAUAUUACAUUGUUUACAAAAGCUGAACAGUUUGUGUUUUUGGAAAAUUCUUGGUCAUAGCAGUGUUUAUUUUUGUACAUGUGCUUAAUUUCAAUGUGCCUUAACUGCGGUGUAACAUUUGUAUUAUUAUCUGUGUUUCUAAGACCACUGUAUUUGGAUAUUGGUGGAGCUGUAAUUUAACUGAUCAUGGCAUUUAAAAAUACUACAUUUCAAUACUAUUUUAAAACUUCAAGUUCAGUAUUUUUUUUUUUUUUUUAACUGAUUUUUAUGUAAUCUGGUCAUGUCUGGCAGGUAGAUAUUAUGUUAAAGCUUCACAAAUAAGUGAGUGUGAUUUUCAUGACCAAUAGAUAUGUGAAAGGAUAGAUAGUACAUAUCUGGGGAACCUUACAUGACUAAUUGUAAAUACUAAAAUCAGAUCAGAAGUGUCACCCUUACUGUUGCAGAUAACCAGAAGAGUUUAGCUCUCUUCAAUAUGUACCUGUAUCAAAUUGUUUGAUUUUUUUUUUUCUAAUAUGUAUUGUACAUUCUAUAUCGUAUAAUUAUUAUGGAGUUGGUAUAUAUGAGUUCUCCAUGGACCUACCGUAAGUUAAUGUCUUAACUGCAUAAACAUGUUUGUUAGUAUAGUGAAAAUUUGUCUUGGCUAUAAUUUCCUUUUUUUUAAUGACUGAGAUUAAUCAUUUUAACAUUUUUAAUGUUUUUUUGUUAUAUUAUGGUAUCUGUAUAUUUUAUAUGUGUUGAUGUACAGUAUAAUGGGAGCAUCUGAGCCAUUUUGUGAAUUUUACUAAACAUAAACAUUUUACAAUAUAAUCAAAAGAAAAGUUGACAAUGUUCUUGUCCUGAUAUGUGUUGUCAAAUAUUAAAUGACAUUCUUCUCAUUUCAGUAUCAGAUAUCAGUUUGGGGUUUUCAUCCUCUACAUAGAAAAUAAAGACAUGAUAAUAUUUUGGUGUUAAAGUACUUGUGGAAUUGUAUUUAUGACCGUAUUAUUUUGAAUCUGCUGUGCUGCUGUAUAAUUGUAGCUGCUGUAAACAAUGGACCCUAUUCAUAGAACUGUUUUAAGGACUUUUUUAAGUUUUUAUAAACAUAUUCACUUAUAUUACAGUGCUUUGAAAAUGUAGAAUACUAUGAUCCUCAAUAAAACAGCUGAGAGGUUUCUGCAUGAACUACAAACUUGAAUUAACAAAAAAUUAUUUUUAUAAAGCUGUCUGUAACAACACAUUCAUUAAACAGUCCUUCAAGUUCUAUGAAUGGGACCCAUUGUCUUUAAACUAAUAUAUUGUAGUAGGUGAAUAGUUUUUUUUUUUUCAUUGGGUUUUUACUAACAUUACUGUCAAAUAUAUACCAUUCAUUGUUCAAAUGUGUAACCCCUAGUAACAUGUUACAAACUGAAGCUGACUUAAUUAAAAUACUACUGUAUGUGA